AUGGAGGUCACUUCGCCCGUCGCGCCGAGCCCUGGAGCUUCCGCCAACGGCGUCACUGCUGCUCCGCCUUUCCCUACCAUCGAACUGGAACGCGUUAUCGAACAUCUUGCUUCCGUCUGUCAGGUAGCCCUCGGCGCUACACGCGAUGAACUCCAACAGGUGGGAAGUUUGCUGCACAAGUCUCGCUAUAGUGAGACUAUUUCACGCUGCACUCGUUUCGUGAGCGAUACCCAGAACGUGCUCUAUAUCCAAAAGGACUUUGCGAGCUCUUCUGCGGUAGAGCCUGGGAUCGACCCUGCCGCACCCGCUUCGUAUAACUACACCUUGUCCACCGAGAUCUCAUCCUCCCCAACGACCGUCGCUUCUCUCGUCCUCAUCAAGUCUCCCCAGCCUAUAGACCCUAGUCGACCUCUUACAUCUCAAAUAUUUAUUACUAAUCUGCCUGGUCCUGCAUCUCUUAACGCUGGAGUUGGAGAUCAAGUGUCGGUACUCUCCCCAUGGGAGGUCCUUCACUCCCAGGUCCACCUUGCUUUGGUGCCAUACUUUGAUGCCAACACUAAGAGCCAACAAUUGGCCAAUGGGUCGAGGGGGCGAGCUGAUGUCGAUGCGAAGACGGGAAUUCCUGUGACGAAAAAGCGACUGAACGACUUGGAACUUAGCUUGCUGCAUCUUCAGCAAAACGUCGAUAUUCCCGAGAUCUCGCUUACAUUCCACUCUAUUGUGCAGAACGUCCUUGAGGAAGCUGAGGCGCACAACAACCGACCGUCCAUCGAAGGAAUCCCUCAGAAUCUCCUUCAAGACAGUACUUUCCUCAACCGAUUGCAAGCAAACGUCAACACUUGGAUCAAGUCUAUCCAAGGAAUCACCAAGUUAACCAAAGACCCUUCCUCAAACACAAACCAGGAGUUUAGCACUGCGAGUCAAGAGGUCAACUUUUGGCUGUCUAUGGAGUCAGCUCUGGAGGGUAUUGAAGGGCAACUCCGUAGCGAGGGUGUGCUCUUGACGCUGGAGAUUCUUAAGCAUGCAAAACGUUUCCAGGCUACCGUGAGUUUCACUGCGGAUACGGGCUUGAAGGAGGCUAUGGACAAGGUGCAGAAGUACAACCAGCUUAUGCGCGACUUUCCUCUCGAUGAGUUGCUGUCUGCUACUUCUUUAUCCAAGGUUGAGGAGGCCGUUCAGCAAAUAUUUGGCCACCUGAACAAGAAGCUAAGAAUCUGCCCUUAUCCUAUUCGCCGGGCUCUUCCACUUGUUGAAGCAAUCUCAGCUGAUCUCGAUGAUGUGCUUCACAGACUUUUGUCAGGUACCGAGCUGGUCAAUCUGGAUUACCAGCAAUUCAAGAACAUCAUGCAAACAUGUGAUCAGAUUUUCCAGACCUGGGAGGAGAAUGUGAAGGAAUUUACUAAUGUAGCCCGCGAGGUGACUCGACGCCGCAACGAAAAGUUUAUUCCUAUCAAGAUCGUCAAGAAGCACUCCGAACUUGAGGCGAGAAUCAAAUAUGUCAGCACCUUCCGCGACAACCAUGAGCAGCUUCAGCGCACAAUCGUCACUGUUCUCGGUCCUCAGGCAACUAUUCCUGGCGUUACUGAGACUACUGAAUCUAACGGUAUCAUUGUUGAAGAGAUUGGCAACGUUGAUGCUGUUGAGGAGGUCAAGCAGGCUUGGGAGGCUCUUCAGAAUGUUGACCUUCUGGAUGUUACGGAUCAGGGCAAGGAACGAUGGGUACGAGCCGAGAACCUCUACAACGAGCGUACGACCCGUGUAGAAAACUCCAUCAUCAGCAGACUCCGAGAGCGACUGGCUACCGCCAAGACCGCGAACGAGAUGUUCCGAGUCUUCUCCAAGUUCAAUGCCCUUUUCGUGCGCCCGAAGAUUCGUGGCGCCAUUCAGGAGUACCAAAACCAGUUGAUGGACCAUGUCAAGCAAGCGAUCAAUGGUCUGCACGAGCGGUUCAAGCAACAAUAUGGCCAUUCAGAGACCCACGCUAUGGCGCAGCUUCGUGAUCUCCCCCCUGUCUCAGGUGCUAUCAUCUGGGCACGCCAGAUCGAGUUCCAACUGGACGGAUACAUGCGAAAGGUUGAGGCUGUCCUUGGUCCUGACUGGACUCUGCAUGCUGAAGGUCACAAGCUUCAGGAGGAGAGUGAGCUCUUUAAACAGAAGCUUGAUACUAGCCGAAUCUAUGACGCAUGGCUCAACGACGUUGGACGACGCAAAAUAUCUAUCUCUGGACAAUUGUUUGAUAUUGCUCGUAUAAGAUCUGCCGGUGGUAUUCUCGAACUCGCGGUCAACUUCGAUCCUCAAGUUAUCACUCUGUUCAAGGAAACCCGCAAUCUCACGUGGCAGUCAUAUUCAGUACCCCAUGCUGUCACGACUGUGUCCAAGGAUGCGAAGCGGGUCUACCCCUAUGCUGUCAGCUUAAUGGAGAGUGUGAGAACUCUUUCUCAGACCCUUCGUCAAAUUUCAGUGAUGGGAGAGGAAUCUGUACUUCUCAAUGGAUACCGGAACGAAGUAUAUAGGUUGAUCGGCGAGGGUGUGCCACUUCGAUGGGAGUCUUUCAUCAAUUCGCACGAGUUAUUCUACUCUGAAAACAGACAAACCCGGCCCUUGUUACCUGGAGGAGCCGACUUUGGACUGGCUAAGAAUACUGAAAGCAAGCAUGGCAUGUUUAUCCGUGGGUUUGCAUCAGCUGUGUCUGUUCUUCAGCAAAAAGCCGUCUCUUUGAACUUCAUCCACACUACCGUUGAACAGGCCCUGAAGGACCUCAGCACCUGCUCUUACGAUGAAGCCGCAUUCCAUAGCCGCUUGGAUACGAUCCAAUCGGCUGUUGAUCAGCUAAAUUUGGAACAAUAUGUAAAUCUGGACUUUUGGGUUCGCGAGCUGAACGCCAAGAUUCAAUCUAUCCUUCUCACACGCCUCCAAAGUGCAGUUCACUCUUGGAUUACUGCCUUCGAGGAUGAAACCCCCGAGGAGGAGACGCGCAGAAAGACACACAACGACGAGACUAAACCAGAAAGUCCAACCAUGAAGCGACUUGUCCUCGAAGUGGUUAUGCGCAAUCAAGUUAUCUAUCUCGACCCCCCUCUGGAAUUCGCUCGUGCAAGCUGGUUCCUCCACCUUCAUGAGUGGCUUGGGAUCGUUUGCAAUCUUCGCAAGAUCAAGGCUACUCGCUAUCAGAUGACCCUUACAACUACCGCCAACGAUGAGCUUCGAUUUACCGACCUUCCUACUGAAUGCGCCGGACUGUUACAGCGUGUUUAUAUCUCCGUUGAAAAGAAGCUCCAGGAGAUUAGCACGUAUGUUGACAAAUGGCUCCAAUUCCAGUCACUUUGGGAUCUUCAGUCUGAGCAAGUUUAUGAUGCUCUUGGCGAACCUCUUCCCCGAUGGUUGCAGCUUCUUCAGGAUCUCCGCAAAAAUCGGUCAACAUUUGAUACACAGGAGGUCAGCCGCGAGUUCGGUCAUCUCACCAUUGAUUAUGACCAAGUACAGACCAAGGUCAAUGCGAAGUAUGAUCAAUGGCAGCAUGAGAUCCUGAUGAAGUUCGCUAGCCGUCUUGGCAACCGUAUGCGUGACAUUAAUGCAGAGAUAGAGAAGGCACGCAAGCAUCUCGAAAGCCAAAGCUCCGACGCUUCAUCGACUGCACAGGCUGUCCAGUUCAUCACCGUUGUUCAGAGCUGCAAGCGCAACGUCAAGACAUGGGCCCCUGAGAUCGAUAUGUUCCGCCAGGGACAAUCCAUGCUGGUGAGACAGCGAUACCAGUUCCCUAAUGAUUGGCUGCAUAUCGAGCAGAUCGACAGUCAGUGGGAGGCAUUGAAGGAAAUCCUCGAGAAGAAGUCAAGGAUUGUCCAAGAUCAGAGUGACGCACUACGAGCCAAGAUUACCGCCGAAGAUAAACUGGUUAGUGAGCGAAUCGCGGAAAUCGCCGCUCAAUGGAACGAGGAGAAACCAGUCUCUGGAACCAUUCAACCUGAUGUUGCUUCUGCAACCUUGACAUCUUUCGAAGCUCGCAUCUCAAAGUUGCAGGAUGAUGCCCAAAUGGUGGUGAAGGCUAAGGAGGCAUUGGAUAUCCCCGCCAGUCUUGAUAAUUCUCUCGAGUCCACACUUGAGGAGGUUCGGGAUUUCCAAUCUGUUUGGUCAAAUCUCUCCACUAUCUGGGCCAGCCUUAAUGAGACGCGUGAUAUUCUCUGGACUGCUGUUCAGCCACGAAAGAUUCGUUCCAAGGUUGAUGAUCUCAUCAAAAGUACCAAGGACAUGCCCAGCAGAAUGCGUCAAUAUGCUGCUUUUGAGCACGUCCAAGGUAUUCUGCGUGGCUUUCUCAAGGUCAAUCCUAUUCUCUCUGACCUGAAGUCUGAUGCCAUUCGUGAGCGCCAUUGGGUCAAGAUCUAUAAACAAAUCAAGCCACAAAAACGAUUUUCGCCUAGCUCUAUGACCCUUGGUGAUGUUUGGGAUCUCAACCUGGUCGCCACUGAAAUCAUCGUGAAAGACAUCAUCGCUCAAGCUCAAGGCGAGAUGGCUCUGGAGGAGUUCUUGAAGCAAGUACGCGAGACGUGGCAAAACUAUGCUCUUGAGAUGGUCGGCUAUCAGAACAAAAUCCGUCUCAUUCGCGGUUGGGAUGACCUCUUCGCAAAGUGCAGUGAAAACUUGAACUCACUUCAGGCUAUGAAACACUCUCCUUACUACAAAGAGUUUGAAGAAGAAGCAGUGUCUUGGGAGGACAAACUUAACCGCGUCCAUGUGCUUUUCGAUGUUUGGAUUGAUGUUCAGCGUCAGUGGGUUUACCUCGAGGGUGUCUUCACUGGUAAUGCUGAUAUCAAGCAUCUCUUGCCUAUCGAGUCAGGACGUUUCCAGAACAUCAACAGCGAGUUCUUGGCUGUCAUGAAGAAGGCAAACAAAACCCCAUAUGUUUUGGAAGUUCUCAACAUACCCAACGUGCAGAAGUCGUUGGAGCGACUCGCUGAAAUGCUUAACAAGAUCCAGAAGGCUCUGGGUGAGUACCUAGAGAAGGAGCGUGUUUCUUUCCCGCGAUUUUACUUCGUAGGCGACGAAGAUCUACUCGAGAUGAUUGGUAAUAGCAACGACACACUGCGUAUUGCCAAGCACUUCAAGAAAAUGUUUGCAGGUCUAUCAGGUCUCAUUAUGGACGACGAGACCGUCAUUUCUGGCUUCACUUCCAAGGAGGGCGAAGCUGUUCGGCUGAAGAAGGAAAUUUCUCUGGCGAAAACACCAAAGAUCAACGAUUGGUUGGCUCUCUUGGAAGGCGGCAUGAAGUCAACCCUUGCCGAGCUCCUCGCAGAGGCUGUUGACCACUACACCCCUAUCUUUGAGUCAGAGACGAUCGAUCGUGAUGCCUUGAACGCGUUCAUGAACGCCUACCCCAGUCAGAUUGUCGUUCUCGCUACCCAGGCUGCUUGGACGACAGCCGUAGACCAAUCACUUGCCGCUGGUGGUGACACUUUGAAGAUGCUCUUUGAGCGCGAGGUAGAAGUCCUUCGUGUACUUGCCGACACUGUCCUUGGAGAACUCGAGGUCAUUCUGAGGAAGAAGUGCGAACAGCUGAUUACCGAAUGCGUCCACCAGCGUGACACCAUCGAGAAGCUUAUCAACGCCAAUGCCAAUUCCACAGGACAUUAUCUUUGGCAGCUGCAAAUGCGUUAUAUCUAUAACCCAGAGGGCGAGUUUCUUGACCGCCUUUACAUCAAGAUGGCGAAUGCCAAACUCAACUAUGGCUUUGAGUAUUUGGGAGUCCCAGAACGACUUGUUCGCACCCCGCUUACUGAUCGUUGUUUCCUUACCCUCACCCAAGCUUUGUGCCAGCGUCUUGGUGGUUCUCCUUACGGACCUGCUGGUACAGGCAAGACAGAGUCAGUCAAAGCACUUGGUGUGCAGCUUGGUAGGUUUACUCUUGUCUUCUGCUGUGACGACACCUUCGAUUUCCAAGCCAUGGGCCGCAUUUUCCUCGGUAUCUGCCAGGUUGGCGCUUGGGGCUGUUUCGACGAGUUCAACCGUCUGGAGGAGCGAAUCUUGUCCGCUGUUUCGCAGCAAAUCCAAAAUAUCCAGCUGGGUCUUAAGCAAGGUGUCGAGGAUGACCAGUCGCAAAUUGAGUUGGUCGGUCGUCAACUUCACGUCAACGAAAACACUGGUAUCUUUAUUACCAUGAACCCUGGCUAUGCCGGCCGUUCCAACCUGCCCGACAACUUGAAGAAGCUUUUCCGCAGCGUGGCCAUGUCUAAGCCGGACAAGGAGCUUAUCGCCGAGGUUAUGCUUUACUCCCAGGGUUUCAACCAAGCCAAGCAACUCUCCAAGCACACAGUUCCCUUCUUCGACCAGUGCUCUGGCAAGCUAUCUAAGCAAGCUCACUACGAUUUCGGCCUGCGUGCCCUGAAGAGUGUCUUGGUCAGUUCUGGAGGUCUGAAGCGUGCUCGUUUGGGUGAUGGUAGUCUCGGCGCUGAAGACGUUGUUGAGCCUGAGAUCAUUGUGCAAAGUAUCCGAGAAACAAUUGCACCCAAGCUGAUCAAGUCCGACGUCGAUAUUAUGAUGACCAUUGAAGCCGAUUGCUUCCCCGGCGUGCAAUAUGUCCCCGCCAACCUUGAGGCACUGGAGGAUGCGAUCCGGACCCUAGCUGCCGAGCGCCAUCUUGUCGUGAACGAACUCUGGAUGACCAAGGUUCUGCAGCUAUACCAGAUUCAGAAGAUUCAUCAUGGUGUCAUGAUGGUUGGUAACUCUGGCUCUGGUAAAUCUGCGGCUUGGAGACUUUUGCUUGAUGCCAUGCAGAAGGUUGAAGGUGUUGAGGGUGUCUCACAUGUCAUCGACUCGAAGGUCAUGUCCAAGGAAGCCCUGUACGGAAACCUCGACUCAACCACUCGUGAAUGGACCGAUGGUCUUUUCACCAGCAUCCUCCGCAAAAUUGUUGAUAACCUCCGUGGCGAGGACUCCAAGCGACAUUGGAUCGUCUUUGAUGGUGAUGUCGAUCCUGAAUGGGUUGAGAACUUGAACAGUGUACUCGAUGACAACAAGCUGCUCACGCUUCCCAAUGGUGAACGUCUUAACUUGCCAGCCAACGUCCGAAUCAUGUUUGAAGUCGAGACGCUUAAGUAUGCCACACUCGCUACCGUCAGUCGUUGUGGUAUGGUUUGGUUCAGUGAGGAUACCGUGUCACCCAAUAUGUUGGUCGAGAACUAUCUGUCGACUCUCAGCAGCGUUCCUUUCGAGGACUUGGACGAAGACAGCGUCGCUACUGGUCAGAACCCUGCCAAGACGCUGGCUGUUCAAGGCGAAUUUGCUGCAUUGCUUCGCAUCUACCUGAGCGAAGAGGACUUCAUCCUAAACGCUCUCAAGCGAGCCGAGGCUUACAAUCACAUCAUGGAGUUUACUGUCGCUCGCGUGCUCACAACCCUCUUCUCACUACUCAACAAAGCAGUGCGGGAUGCUAUUGAGUACAAUGGGCAGCAUUCUGAUUUCCCACUCGAGUCUGAACAAAUCGAGUCCUUUAUCUCGAAGAAGCUUCUCUUGGCCCUUGUCUGGGCACUGACAGGCGACUGCCCUCUCAACGAUAGAAAGACAUUCGGCGAUGAACUUUGCGCCUUGGCCAACUUUGGCUCUCCUCCCCUUGACGGCACAAGUUCACUUAUCGAUUUUGAUGUGACUCUGCCCAAGUCUGAGUGGACCCCCUGGCAGAACCAGGUGCCUACCAUGGAGGUCAACACUCAUUCCAUCACUCAGACUGAUGUUGUUAUCCCUACUCUGGAUACUGUUCGCCACGAAGAUGUUCUCUACUCAUGGCUUGCCGAGCAUAAGCCUCUCCUUCUUUGUGGUCCUCCUGGUUCAGGUAAAACUAUGACUUUGUUCAGUGCACUCCGCAAACUGCCAAACAUGGAGGUUGUAGGUCUGAACUUCUCAAGCGCAACAACUCCCGAUCUCCUCAUCAAGACAUUUGAGCAGUACUGUGAAUACAAGAAGACCUUGAACGGCGUGAUGCUCUCGCCGACACAAAUUGGUCGAUGGCUUGUUGUUUUCUGUGAUGAGAUCAACUUGCCUGCACCAGACAAGUACGGAACCCAGCGUGCUAUUUCAUUCCUGCGCCAAAUGGUUGAACAUAACGGCUUCUGGCGAACGUCCGAUAAAUCAUGGGUUACACUGGAUCGCAUUCAAUUUGUCGGUGCUUGCAACCCUCCCACUGAUGCUGGGCGUACCCCAAUGGGUGCUCGAUUCCUUCGACACGCCCCUCUUAUCAUGGUUGACUACCCUGGCGAACUGUCACUCAACCAGAUUUACGGCACCUUCAACUCUGCUGUUCUCAAAAUCAUCCCGUCUCUACGAGGAUACGCCGAGGCUCUUACGCAUGCCAUGGUUCGUUUCUACCUUGAAUCUCAGCAGAGAUUUACGCCAAAAAUCCAGCCCCACUAUGUGUACAGUCCCCGUGAGCUGACGCGAUGGGCUCGUGGUGUUUACGAGGCCAUUCGACCUCUGGAGGCUUUGUCCAUCGAGGGUCUGAUUCGAAUCUGGGCUCACGAAGCUCUACGCCUUUUCCAGGAUCGUCUCGUUGCUGAGGACGAGCGGCAGUGGACUGACGAGGCUGUGCGCCGCAUUGCUCUUCAAUAUUUCCCCAAUAUUGAUGAGGAAAAGGCACUUGGCGGACCCAUCCUGUUCUCUAACUGGCUGUCAAAGAACUACGUUCCUGUCGACCGUGAGCAGCUGAGAGACUUUGUCAAGGCAAGAUUGAAAACUUUCUGCGAGGAGGAGGUUGAUGUUCCGCUCAUUCUAUUUAAUGAUGUGUUGGAGCACGUGCUGCGUAUUGAUCGUGUCUUCCGACAACCCCAGGGUCAUCUCAUCUUGAUCGGCGUCAGUGGUAGUGGCAAGACCACCCUGUCACGAUUUGUGGCCUGGAUGAACGGCCUCAAAGUUUUCCAGAUCAAGGUACAUGGCAAGUAUUCUGCCGAGGACUUUGACGACGAUCUUCGAGAUGUUCUCCGACGAUGUGGCUGUAAGGGCGAGAAGAUUUGCUUCAUUAUGGACGAGUCAAACGUGUUGGAUUCAGGCUUCCUUGAGAGAAUGAACACACUGCUCGCCAACGCUGAGGUCCCUGGUCUUUUCGAGGGUGACGAGUAUGCUGCUCUCAUGACAGCAUGUAAGGAGGGUGCCCAACGACAAAACUUGCACCUUGACUCCCCCGAAGAGUUGUACAAGUGGUUCACGCAGCAAAUCGUCAAAAACCUGCACGUGGUCUUUACCAUGAACCCGCCUGAGGAUGGCCUCUCUUCCAAGGCCGCAACUAGUCCCGCUUUGUUCAAUCGUUGUGUUCUCAACUGGUUUGGUGACUGGUCUGAUCAGGCACUCUUCCAGGUUGGCCAUGAACUGACUCAUUCUAUCGACCUGGACAGAAGUAACUUCGAAUGUCCCAACACUGUACCUGUGGCAUAUCGCGGGUUGCAACUACCACCAUCACAUCGCGAGACUGUUGUUAACUCAAUGGUCUACAUUCACUACUCUCUACAGCGAUACAACGAGAAAUUGCUCAAGCAGCAGGGCAAGGUUACCUUCUUGACCCCUCGCCACUUCCUCGAUUUCGUUGCUCAAUAUGUCAAGCUUUACAACGAGAAGCGAGAAGAUCUUGAAGAGCAACAACGGCAUCUGAAUGUGGGUUUGGAGAAACUGAGAGACACCGUUGACAAGGUCCGAGAUCUUCGAGUGAGCCUGGCGGAGAAGAAAAAGCAGCUGGAGCAGAAGGAUAUGGAGGCGAACGAGAAGCUGCAGCGCAUGGUGGCCGAUCAGCGUGAAGCAGAGCAGAGGAAGAGUACUUCGCUGGAGAUACAGGCUGCUUUGGAUAAGCAGGAAGUGGAGGUGGCUACGCGAAAGCAGGUUGUAUUGGAGGACCUCGCCAAGGCCGAACCUGCGGUUGAGGAAGCAAAGGCCAGUGUCAGCAACAUCAAGCGUCAACACUUGACCGAAGUCAGGUCUAUGGGUAAUCCACCUCAGGGUGUCCGACUUGCUAUGGAUGCUGUCUGUACCCUGCUCGGCCACAAGAUCAACGACUGGAAGGCCGUCCAAGGUAUUGUACGAAAAGACGACUUUAUUGCCAGCAUUCUGAUGUUCGACAACGGCAAGCAAAUGACCAAGUCUCUUAGAAACAAGAUGCGCAACGAUUUCUUGUCCAAUCCCGAAUUCACAUUUGAGAAGGUCAACCGUGCCUCAAAGGCUUGCGGUCCUCUGGUCCAAUGGGUUUGUGCUCAGGUCAAUUACUUCGACAUCCUCGACCGUGUUGGUCCCCUUAAGAUCGAGGUGGACAAUUUGGAGGAACAAGCACUUCAAACGAAGGCUGAUGCACAGGCCGUGCAAAACAACAUCGCGGAGUUGGAGGCCAGCAUCAACACCUACAAGACCGAAUAUGCUGCGCUCAUCAGUGAGACGCAAGCUAUCAAGGCCGAGAUGUCCAAGGUCCAGUUCAAGGUCGAUCGCAGCGUCCGCCUUCUUGACAGUCUGUCUUCGGAGCGAGUUCGUUGGGAAGAGGGCAGUAAGUCUUUUGAGAUCCAAAUCAGCACUCUUGUUGGAGAUGUUCUCGUUGCUGCUGCCUUCUUGGCCUAUAGUGGUCUCUAUGACCAGACUUUCCGAAAGUCUAUGAUGGAUGAUUGGUUCCAUCAGCUUCACCUUUCUGGUAUUCAGUAUAAGUCGACCAACCCCAUGACGGAAUAUCUGUCGACUGCAGAUGAACGUCUGGGCUGGCAAGAGAAUACUCUCCCAGUCGACGACCUGUGCACAGAGAACGCGAUUAUUCUCAAGCGCUUCAACCGUUACCCCCUCAUCAUCGACCCCUCUGGGCGAGUCACGGAGUUCCUGCAAAGAGAGUGCAAGGAUCGCCGCCUAACAGUGACGAGUUUCUUGGAUGACACCUUCACCAAGCAGCUUGAGAGUUCUCUGCGAUUUGGAAACCCCAUCCUCAUCCAGGACGCUGAACACUUGGAUCCGAUCCUCAACCACGUUCUGAACAAGGAAUAUCAGAAGACCGGUGGCCGUGUUCUCAUUCAACUGGGCAAGCAGGAGAUCGAUUUCUCACCAGCUUUCAAAAUCUACCUGUCCACUCGUGACCCGUCAGCGACUUUUGCUCCUGAUAUCUGCAGUCGAACCACGUUUGUCAAUUUUACUGUGACUCAGAGUAGUCUGCAGACACAGUCUCUCAACGAUGUCCUCAAAUCUGAGCGCCCUGACGUCGACGAACGACGCUCGAACCUCAUCAAGCUGCAGGGAGAGUUCAAAGUCCAUCUGCGGCAAUUGGAGAAGCGGCUGCUGCAAGCCCUCAACGAGUCUCGUGGCAACAUUCUUGAUGAUGACAACGUCAUUGAGACACUCGAGACUCUCAAGACAGAGGCUGGUGAGAUUUCUGGCAAGAUGAGUAACACUGAAGGUGUCAUGGCGGAGGUUGAGGAGAUUACACAGCAGUACAGCAUCAUUGCCCGAUCUUGCAGUGCUGUCUUUGCUGUUCUUGAGCAACUGCAUUACCUCAACCACUUCUACCAGUUUUCGCUCCAGUACUUCCUCGACAUUUUCCAGUCGGUACUCCACGGCAACAAGAACCUGGCUGGUCAGACUGACCACAAUAUCCGACGUGAUGUGAUUGUUAAAGAUCUCUUUGUCAAUACAUUCAAGCGGACUGCUUUGGGUCUGCUCCAAAAAGAUCGUGUCACCCUCGGAAUGCUCCUUGCACAAGCCUCACCCUACAAGAUGGACAAGACUUUGAUCGAUGUCAUCCUCGACAACCGUGUACAAGGCAGAGAUCUUUCAUCGAAUCCAAAUGACAGAGAUGACGCUUUUGCUCAGGCCAAGAAGAUCAGCGUGCUCAAGGAGAAGGUUGAUGCCAUCUCUGCGGAAGAUUGGGAUAAGUUCUUCACAGAAGAGUUGGCUGAGAAUGUUGUACCACAAAUAUGGGACGAUGAGACUGAACCUAUGGACCAAGCACUCCUGUCCCUCUUGCUUGUAAAGCUUUUCCGCAUGGACCGAUUUGUACCUGCGGCAGAGCGUUUCGUCAACCAAGUCUUCGGCUCAGGUAUCUUCGACGUUGUUGAGGACCUGAAGGAGACGGUUACCCAAGUGUCUGCCACUCUGCCAAUCUCUUUGGUAUCCAGCCCUGGUUUCGACGCCAGCUACAAGGUGGACAACCUGGUUGAGAGAAUGCGCGUCAAAUGUACCAACAUUGCUAUGGGAUCCAACGAAGGACUCGCCAGUGCCGACAAGGCGAUCAGCAACGCCGCCCAGACAGGCUCAUGGGUCUUGGUCAAAAACGUUCACUUGGCCCCUACAUGGUUGCAGAGCUUGGAGAAGCGCAUGGAAUCACUCAACCCCCACAAAGACUUCCGCCUAUUCCUGUCCAUGGAGUCAAGUCUCAAGAUUCCAGUCAACUUGCUCCGAGCCUCUCGUGUCUUGAUGUACGAGCAGCCUGCCGGCGUCAGAGCCAACAUGAAGGACUCUAUGUCAUCUCUCUCCACGCGAGCCACUAAGAGCCCUGUAGAGAGAACACGGCUUUACCUCCUGCUGUCUUUCUUGCACGCUGUUGUGCAGGAGCGAUUGAGGUACGCGCCCAAUUUGGGCUGGAAGGGAUUCUGGGAAUUUAAUGAUAGCGAUUACGAAUGCUCUGCUUUCAUCGUCGAUACUUGGAUUGACGGUGUGGCUGGCAACAGGACCAAUAUUGCUCCUCAGAAUAUCCCUUGGGAUAUGCUUCGCUACAUGGUAACCGAAACGUAUGGUGGUAAGAUUGACGACGAAGGGGAUUUCAGACUUCUCUCUCAACUCGUCUCUUCAUUCCUGACUCCCGCCGCUUACGAAGUUGAUCACAAACUCGUUGACGGACCUGACGGUGGCCUUGUUGUGCCAUCUGGUACCAGUUUCCAGGACUUCAACGCAUGGAUUCAUCACCUGCCCGAGCGUGAGCCGCCUACGUAUCUCGGUCUCCCUGCAAAUGCCGAGAAACUUCUUCUUGGCGGUCUUGGCCAAAGCCUGAUUGGAAACGUGCGCAAGGUUACCGAACUUCUCGACGAAGGGGAGCAGCUAGUGACGGAAGUAUGA